AUGGAUGAUAGCUUCUAUGUUUUACAGGCUAUACUUGAGAAACACAACAUCCCUGAGUUUCCUACGCUUCUACCCAGUGAGUUAAGAACCGAUGAGGUUGUGCAAUACCUGCAACCACUGUAUGCUGAGCUGCUUGCUGAUGUUGCCAGAAACAACGACAUACUUCCACUUCUUGCAUCAUUUACUGCAAUUCCUGAAGAGUUGAACAUUAAGGAAGUGGAAGCACUAUUGAAUGGCAACAAAUCUGCCAAGGGAGAUUUCUUUACACCUGAAGCUCAGUGUUUAUCAUCUCCUGUACCAGUGAAGAACGAAUAUCCAGAAUUCUCAACGGCUGCUGGCGCAAAAAUCGCCAAGAAGGAUCAGAAAGGUAAAGAGGAAGUCGAUAACGAAUCGAAUAUCGAAAGCUACAUACUCGACAGGAUCAGAAACGAAAUACUUGAAGCAGUUGUGAAUAUUGGCUGGGAUGACAUAAUAGGCCUAGAAAACGUAAAAAAAACAAUUAAUGAGAUUGUGCUGUGGCCAAUGCUACGCCCAGAUCUAUUUACAGGACUUAGAGGCCCGCCACGAGGAUUACUUUUAUUUGGACCUCCAGGAACAGGAAAAACAAUGAUAGGAAAGUGCAUUGCAAGCCAGUGUAAGGCAACAUUCUUUUCGAUCAGUGCAUCAUCACUGACAUCGAAAUGGGUUGGCGAAGGUGAGAAAAUGGUUAGGGCAUUAUUCUAUCUUGCAAGGACAAUGCAGCCAUCUGUGGUGUUUAUUGAUGAGAUAGAUUCGUUACUGUCUCAGAGAUCAGACAAUGAGAAUGAGGGCAGCAGAAGGAUAAAAACAGAGUUCCUUGUGCAGUUUGAUGGUGCAGCGACCUCUGGAAACGACAGAAUACUGGUGAUAGGCGCAACAAACAGACCGCAUGAAAUAGAUGAAGCAGCAAGGCGAAGACUAGUCAAGCGAAUAUACGUUCCAUUGCCUGAACCUCUGGGUAGAAGAAAGAUGGUGGAACAUCUGAUCAGAGAAUACAGCAAUGUCCUUUGCAAUACUGACAUGGAUAAGAUUGCGCAGAUUACAGAAGGAUAUUCUGGAUCGGACAUAUUUAAUUUGUGCAGAGAAGCAUCACUGGAACCUCUGAGGGAGAUUGACGACAUAAAUGACUUCAAGAGCGACGACACAAGGCCUAUAAACCUCGAAGACUUCAUAAAAGCAACUAGACAGAUCAGAAAAAGCGUUUCUGAAAGUGAUCUGGAGACUUAUGUUGAAUGGAACUCAAAGUUUGGCUCAGUACCUUAA